AUGCCACGGACGACGUCCCUACGCACAUAUGGGAAAAAGGCGGCGAGGACGAAGCCUCAACGGGUGCUGGCUGAGCUGCCCCAGACGCCCAUGCGCAAACCACGAGAGACCCAAGUGAAGGACAGCGAGGAUGACAUCGACUUGAUUCAAGUCACGGAGAAGAUUGCAUCCGUCACCAUUCGAGAUGAUACGCCAGAGAGCAUCAACGAGCCAGUCACACCACGACGGACAUCUCCAAGGAAGUCAUGCCGAGCUCCACCAUCCCCUGUGGUGGUCAUUCAAGAUGACGUCGAGGCCAAAGUCGAUACUGUCCGUUCACCACCAAAGACACCCGUUGUGACCAUCACGGAGCCACACACCUCAUCCGAGCCCGCCACUGUCGAGGAGAACCUCCGCGUCCUGACGUGGCAUGAUGUGUGCCCGCCUGGCGACACAAUCACCAAGAUUGCCGAAGCCUCGUACGCCGAGGUGUAUCGGAUCCGCAACGACCGCGGCACCAGCAUCAUCAAGUGCAUUCGCCUCGAGUCACCCAUCAAGGCCCAGACCAAAGCCCAGGCGCGCUCCGGCUUGGUCGACGAGGAGCCGCAUUCCGAAGACGAUCUCCUCGGGGAGCUGCGCAUCUCCGAGUGGCUGGCCGACAUACCCGGCUUCGUCGUGUACAAGGAGCGCUACAUUGUCGAGGGCAAGACGUCCAAGUCGCUGCUCGAGACGCACCAGGCGUUCCAGCGCAAGAUGAAGAGGCAGGACCCCGACCGCGCACAGUUCUAUCCGAGCCCGAGUCGGUACCUCGAAACGACGCGGUUUCUGGUCGUCGAGCUCGGCGAUGCCGGCGUCGCGCUCGAGGACUUUGAGCUGCAUCAUGUCGACCAGCUGUGGGACAUCUUCUUCCUCGUAGCCGUGGCACUGGCGAGGGCGGAGGAUCUCAUUGCUUUCGAGCACCGCGACCUCCACGAGGGCAACCUCUGCAUCCGGCAGACGUCCCAGCCACGGCCGAGAGACCCUUCGUCAUCGGGGCCCAACUUUGGCCACUCUGGCCUCGACAUCACCAUUCUCGAUUACGGCCUGUCCCGCGCUGAAGACUGUCCCGCGACGCUGAGCCUCGACAUGGACGACACGAUCACGGAACCCGUCGUCGUGGCCCUCGACCUCGAAAAGGACCUCUCCAUCUUUACGAGCACCCACGCGCCCCAGUGCAAGGUGUACCGCCAGAUGCGCUCCCACCUCGUGCACGGCGACGCCUCGCGCAGGUGCCUCCCGCCGACGGCCCACUCGAUCCCGUACCAGGCCGGCAUCUCGUGGGACGUCUCGGCGCCCUACACCAACGUCCUCUGGCUCGCGUACACGUACCAGUACAUGCUCGGCCACUUUCGCGGCGACAAGAAGGAUGCUGCGCGCUGGAAGCGCGACACGGCCCCGAUGUGGCGUCACCUCGACCCGGACGCCAAGGCGGCGACGCCCGUGUUCGGGUCGGCGGCCGAGGUCGUGCGGUUCGGCGUCGAGGCCGGCUGGAUUGGCGAGGAGCAGAUUAUGGGCGGCGAGGGCGCGUCCGUCGUAGAGAGGGAGGACAGCAUUGUCAUCUCUCACGAGGUGGUGGCGGAUGGUGACGAGGCCGAAGCCGCGCAGCGGCGGAGCUCACCACGACGGAAAACGGUAGGGUCGUGA